UUCUGGAUUGUCCACCUUACAGUUCAUAUUAAGCAAUUGCUGAAUGUUUUUGCCCAUAAAAGCAUUUUUCUUAAUCGAUUGGAAAAUAAAAUUUAGAAAUGAUGAAGACGAUUCUCUUGCUCGCAGUUGUUGCAAGCGCAACGGCGUUCGAUCUCCCCAGCGAUUUCAAGACUUGUAACAUGUCGGACCCGAAAGCAACUGAAUGCUAUAAGAAUGUCGUCAGAGACACAGUUGUCUCACUCGCCAAAGGUUCGAAGGACUUUAAAAUUCUGCCUAUUGAGCCGAUAUUGGUCAAUGAGAUGAUAAUUGGUGAAUCUAACUCAAUGUCGCUUAAACAAGAAUAUCGGAAUAUCAAAGUAUAUGGGCUGACGAAAGGUUUAGAAAUUGUCACAUUUCGACUAAACUUGGACACAUUAGUAUCGUACUCAGAAGCUUUUAAUCCUCGAGUGGAUUUUGUUGCCGAUUACAAAGCAGCAGGCAAGCUCAUGGUAAUAUCAAUCCAAGGAGAAGGCAGAUGCAAUAUAUCAAUGUAUAAUUUGACGACGACAAAUGAAAUACAUUAUGAAAAGUUUGAAAAAGAUGGUGAAAUUUAUAUAAGAGCGAAGACAUAUAUUUUUAAAUUGAUUCCCCAACAUGCACGUCUACAAUUCGAUAAUCUUUUCGAUAAAAAUAAUAUUUUAGAUCGAGAAAUGAAGAAAUUCGUCGAUGACAAUUCUGACGUAAUUUUUAAUGAACUUGUGCAACCUUUUGAUCAUACUUUCGGAAUGAUCUUCCAUCAAAUCACCAAUAAUAUUAUAACUCGAGUGCCAAUGAACAAGAUUUUUUAUAAAUAAAAAUAUUACAUUUU